GCGAGGACGUUUCGUCAUCUCCCUCGAGCCGAGACCCGACGAGCACGAAGCGCCGAGUCGCGCGCGCCCUGCCGAGCCCGAGUCGUGCCGGAAGGUCUCCUCGACCGACUCCCGAGGGACUCCCGAGGGACUCUCCUGGACUCCGGCGGUCGAGGCGAGCCUCGCGUGUGCACAGUGCGAGGGAUUUUAUCCUGGCGCCGAUGGGCGUCGCGGUCGCUCCUCCUCCGUAAACUCGGCUCGCUCUCGAGGUCGUACCCAAGGGAUUCGGGACAAGGGGACGCCCUCGUGACCGCUCGAGGUCGUCCAGUGGACCGGGAUCGCGCGGAUCGAGGUUAGGUACGCCGAGUGCCGGUGCGCCAUGCGUUGAGGAUCGCCGAUCGCCGGCUGAGACGUCCACGCAGAGCCGAGGGAUCGCUCCAGGAAACAUGUCCGCCAAACGGAAGGCCACUGCCAUCAUGCAGCACCACAAGGAGAACAUCUCGACCUUGGAGCCUGCCGACAUCACCGAGGACGAUCAUUAUUCAAGCGCGCUCAUGAAAGACGCCGAUAAGGUGAAGCUGAUGCUGCUUGCGUGGAAUUAUAAUCUUCAGCAGCGGGCUCAGGCUGAGGCGCAAGCUGCGAUCGCGGCGGUCGUCUCGCCAAAUAACUCCUCGACAACCACAGCCACCACCAUCGGCACACCUGUCACCAGCCAAUCGGCCAUUUCCACGGCAAACAACACCAUUAACAACUCCACACUCACAGACUCAAGGAACGGCACGACGGAACUGGGCGAGCUCAGCGGAGGAUCCGUCCCGAGUCUGGGGAGCGUCGCGGGCGUCGGCGGCGAAGACAUGGCGUCUCUUUGGGCGUCCUAUGCGAUGGGCCUCAAAAAGACGCCGCCACCGGCCUCGUCGGGGACCCCCUCGAGGUCCGACCGGGAUCGGGAAUCCAGUCCUGGCGGGGGGGAGGGUACCGGGAGCGCCCAUGACGAGACCAGCAGCAGCGGAAACAAGGAGGACGAGGACGACGACGACGAGGAUGCCGACGAGAGGCUAGACCCCAGACACCACGACCCCGAGCGUCUCAAGGCGUUCAAUAUGUUCGUCAGGCUCUUCGUCGACGAGAACCUGGACCGCAUCGUGCCCAUCUCCAAGCAGCCCAAGGAGAAGAUCCAGGCGAUCAUCGACAGCUGCACCAGGCAAUUCCCCGAGUUCGCGGAGCGCGCCAGGAAGAGGAUCAGGACCUACCUCAAGAGCUGCCGGAGGAACAAACGCGGGAGGGAGGGCGCGCCCUGGGACGCCGCGAGGCCGACCCCGGCUCAUCUGACGUCGGUGCAGGCGGAGCAGAUUUUGGCAACAGCCUGCGAGAACGAGAGCGACAACGCGAAACGCAUGAGGGUCGGCUUGGAACCAGUCUCCCAGCCCAUGCCCACGCUCCCAGCGGCCACGCAAACGGACGUGAGAUCGAGUUUGGACCACUUCUCGGGCACGCCGGUAAAGUCACUCCCUGGCAAGCGCGAGGACACCCCUCCGGCCCCGCUCACCUCUCUGGCACCCCUCACCAGUCUGGCCAACUUGCCGAAUAGCACGCUCACCUCGACGCCUCUCUCUCUGGCCCCGGCAUCGAAGCUUCUCACUCCCACGGACAACAAGGGACUCAUGAGCCAGGCGACGAUAGUCAGCUCGUCGUCGGUUAAUGGUGUCGGCAGUGGAGGUGCACCAACGGCCAUGUACCGACCAAACUUCAGUCAGGCCUUCCAACGUGCUGGGCCGACAACGGUACCGCCAACCCUGUCGGCUGGCUUGUACCCCACUCAGAGCUUUACUUCGGGACUUCUGAGCAACGGUACACAAAGGCCGACCGACCUCAGCAUGAAGAACACGAAGCCCUUGCUGAGCCACAAGCUAAAUGCUACGGAGCUGACGGCGGUGAGACAGCUGAUCACCGGAUAUCGAGAAUCGGCUGCCUUCCUCCUCAGGUCUGCGGACGAGCUGGAACAGUUGCUGUUGCAGCAGCCUUAGAACCAUCUCGCGUGCGUCUCGGCGAUGCAAUUUUCGGGACUGCCAACUAGACAACGGUGAAGUCGCAGCCGGGGAAGAAUGGCUCCAAGAUGGACACCCCUGGGAGAAUACCAGUCGAUCGUCGCUUUUCAGCCUUGCCGGUCUAUUAGUGCGCUCAGGGAGAAAUACCUUCGAAUUUCUUGGUCGAAUCGACUAAGGGCCGAGUUGUCCUUCUUGCACCUAACGCGUCCAGUUUUCCCAUCUCGUUCUCGGAAUUUGGAACCGCCGUUUAAAUGAUAUGCGAUCCAGGACAACUGGAGGGUGGCCUUUGAAACCUUGAUUUACUUAAAAAAUCACCAGCGAUGACGCCCUUACCAGUCGUCGGUACACGUUCUGUCUUACCGACUGUAGCUGAAGCGUUAGUUCGGAAGUUUCCGCUUUUACGUGUACCUUUAACAGGUACGAGUUCAUCUUACCUGUGUUUCGACUGAGUAGUACGUUUGAAAUUCCAUGUGCAAAGGGAAAAUAAUGUUUCCAUGUAACUUCAUUUUCUUGCAAUAUACAAGAGCAGGAAUAUAUACUAUGUACAAUAAUGAUUAUGACUCCGGAAGGCUUAAAUACUGCUUCGUUGGGAGUACAAUUACCAGAAGGUAGAAAUUCAAGUAUAAAAGCGGUUGCUGCGCUGAGUGAUUCUUUAAGUACCAAGAAGUUGCUUUUUUCGAAUCUUGAAAGGCCUGUACGCACGCGACAGGGUACGUUUGCAUCUGAGCACCGUCGAUAAGUUUCCGGGACUGUUACGCGCUGGUCAAACGGUCGGUAAUAGUUCUUCCUUACAUCAUCCCAUGUAAAAAAGAAUUUCUCAGGGCUGUUAGUCUAGGAAAGUCUUGUCGGCGAUGCAAACGAAUGUACGAGUCACAUUUAACCGCUCGUAAUCGCGGCGAGCACUCGUUGUUCAUUGGUUCGCCGAAAUUUGGUCGAUGCUUUUGUAAAAUCUUUGACGUAGCGAGACGUAGUCGCGAAAAAGGCGACUGACGGCGAGAGAACGCAGAAACAGUAGACGCGCGUGUUCGCGCCGUUUCUCCGAGAUGGCGCCACGAACGUGUUCCCGGCGAACAGAUUCGUUAAAGAUUGGACGACUCUUAUGUUUAAGGGAUUUAUUCGAAACAGGGUGUACAUAGAGAGGAUUUACGAAUAUUUACUUAAUUAUUGUUAAGCUAAGAGUGCGAGUGCGAAUCCGAGAGGACGUUGAGCGUGUGCGAGAGCCAAGUGCCCAGGGUCGAGGCGAAACCUUAACCGAUACUUCGAAAUCAGAGUUGGAGGCGGCAUCGAAACGACGAAACUAAAUCCAACGGAAUCGCAGUUUAUCCAUCUCGAUUCAAUGCAUCCUGAACUGUACAUUACAUUAAACGAUGGCAUUCUUAUUUAAAGCCGUCUUGGAAUUAGUACCCUCGUUCGUUUUCGAAGUUCCGUUUGACUCCGGCGAAAGUGCCGCCACCCUUCGGACGAAUUCCCUAACUCUGGGCACCUCUGGCGAGCGAUGAGCGCCGAUUCCUAGAUAUUCGCGCAGUAAGAGCGAUUAAACGACCCGCAAUUCGUCUCGGGGAUUACGUCAAGCGAUCAGGAUACGUCCCAACAGGGACGUGCCGCGGAAGAUCUCCAAAGAAUGAUAAUUCUUCCGCGGCGAGGGAAGCUCUUGCGGAAUUCCUCGCGGGACGAAUGGCUGGUCGCGUCCACGUUUACUUUUGUACAUAACUAUAAAUACUAAUGUCCGCGUGUAUGCCUGUCGUGGGCCCUUGGAGAAUGUCGAGCGGUCUGUAGUCCUUUUCCGUGCUCUGGAAGACUCCUCGAGUCCUUGCGCGCAGAGACGUCCCUUCGUCGAAGGAUAUAAUCUACACGGAAGACGCUAAGAAGGCAAGAGGAGUCCUGCGCGCGACCCAGGGUGCACGAAUCGCCGGAAGUUCAGGACGGAUAGAACUUAUCGCGUGUCGCGAACUUCCCGGGAAAGGGCCGUUUCGUCUAUGGAACUAAUGAGAAGGAAGGAAGGUGGACGGACGGCGUUAGCGAUGCUCGUUAUACGACGGAUUUGGGACCAUCUCGUCGCGAUCGGACGAUAGACGGACGUAGGUUCAGUACCCGGGAAGGCGACGACCCGCGAAUCAGCGCCGACGACGUCGGGUACUGGACGUACGGACUUCAUAUACAUCACCAUGCUACCAAAGAACAUUGAUAAUUGAUAACGAUAGUAGGGACAGAGGACGCCGCGCCUCUCCCGCAGCGUUUCGACUCGCAUCGGGCGAACGUCUGCCGGGAUGUCCUCAGGGUUUCUGGCGCGCACAAAUUCGUACGGCUUGCCAGCCAGUCAAGGACAUCUCCGAGAUGUUCGAGGAGUGCGGAGAAUCGCUUUCUCGCGGUCUCGUUCCUCCGUGGGUACGUCGAGACGAAAAGAUUCGCCCGAAGGUCGCGGGACCUUCCCCCGUCGCGGAUUUUUCUCGUCCUCCCAAAUGCGCUCCCUUCCUCGUUGGCUUUUUCUUACGAUCGAAGGGAAUACGACGACGAGCCAAUCGGUGCUUACGGACCCACCAGGAGGAACCGGAAUUACCCUUUGGCGAGCGAGUUCGUGCCGUUCUGUCGUUGUUUUGUACAUAGGUCGCGCGGGGCGUGCGACCAAUAUUGAGAUGAUUAAGUUGCUUCUAUGAGACGCGAAGAGAGAGAGAAAGAGAGAGAAAGAGAGAGAGAGAAAGAGUAUAUAUAUGCGAGAAAUAUAAAUAUAUAAAUAUAUAAAUAGAAAAUAUGUUUAUACCGACGACGAGGAACGAUGGCGACGAGGACAUGAGAGGACGACGAACGAAUGACUUUCGAAAGCGAGAAGACACAUUCCCACCUCGAGCGAGUGCGGCGCAGACUUUUCGAAAUUCUCGUUUCUCGUUUGUCUCCUAUGUGGACAUUCUGUCGCUCAUGUCUUUUAGUUCCUGCACGCGGAAAUAAGUUGGAAUACCUGGACUUGGCGGGUUAAUCGUUAGACUCGAGACCGUCGAAGGGACGCUGGUUAAGGGCAGGCGUAGGAACCGAUACGUUUCGUCGGGAUGAGAAAAUGGCACGAGGGCUUUCUUCGAGAUCGUUAGGGACUUUUUUUAGAAAUAGGGCGAACCGGGGAAACAGGGCUUCUCUGAUCGAGGUACAAAAUACGAGAAUGGGGAGAGGAGACAACUCGAACGGUCUAUUUCGAAAGGACUCGCCGAUCACUCCCUACGGGGUACAGUUCUACAGUUCAUAUAAUUGCGAAUUGAUGUAUAUUGAUAAACGACAAAAAAAGGUUAAUGUAUUUGUUCCUGAGAAAUAAUAAUAGUAGUAAUAAUAAUAAUAUUGAUAUUGAUAAAUAACGAUAAAGAUACUUUGAUGGUACAUACUUUCGUAUAAGUAACGCUACAUUACUACGAUUACUGUAGAGUUGGUACGGUCUUCGAGGAUGCCUUGCCUGUAAAUGUAACUCACGUUAAAUGAAACAAAAAAAGCAGUCUUAUUACCUUGUAAAUGUCUUACCAAAUAUAAUCGAUUAUUCAACUUAUAA